AUGCUAAAUUCUCACAAAAAGACAGUCGCACUAGCAGGGAAAUCUAAGUAUACCUAUAAGAACAACUCCCAGAGUUAUGUUCCUGAUGAUACAAAGAGAAUAAGAAAUAAAUGUAACGGAAACAAUGGAAGAAACUUCAUGCCAUCUCGCGUUAUGAGUGCCCUCUUACUAAUCAUACUAUGUGCUGUACUAAAGAAUGAGUGUACAUAUGCAAAUGAAGCUGCAUUAAGGCGUAAUGCAUCCAGGCAGUUGUCUGAAAUGAAAGAUUAUUCAAAGGGAUAUAAGGAUAAUAAAUGCAAAAGAAAUGACAGAUAUUGUUUUCCAGACGAACAAUUUCACAACAUGCGUGAGGAUGGAAUGGCACAUCGUGGCAGGGAAUCCAGAAUUAAAAUGUCAUCUCAUGAGGAAUGGGAUGGAGAGAGAGGCUUACAUCAUCCAAGAAAUAGAGACAUGAAUAUGGGUAUGCAUAGAGAUGUGGAACACGAUAGGAGAAGAAGUAGAUACAGAGAUGAUGUAGAUGAGGAAAUGGAUAUGGAAAGAGCAGACAGAAGAAGAAACAGAAACAGAGGAGAAAUGGACGAGGAAAUGGAAAGAUAUAAUAGAAGGAGAAGAGAUAAAGGUAGAGACAUGAAUAGAGACGACGGUGAUUACAUGUACGAAAGAGGAAGAGAAAUGUACCUAGGCAGGGACAUAGACGAAAUGGGCAGAAGAAGAUAUAGGGAAGAAAUGGACACAAGAACACGUAGGGAUGCAAUGGGCCCAGGAAGAGAUAGAGACGAAAUCGGCCGAGGAAGAGAUAGGGAUGACAUGGGCCCAGGAAGAGAUAGAUAUGAAAUGGGCCCAGGAAGAGAUAGAGAGGAAAUCGGCCGAGGAAGAGAUAGAGAUGAAAUGGGCCCAGGAAGAGAUAGAUAUGAAAUGGGCCCAGGAAGACAUAGGGAUGACAUGGGCCCAGGAAGAGAAAAUGCAAGACAGGAAUUGGACCAUGGAAAUAAACAAGAACCAGAAAUGCCAGUAAAACUGGGGCGAGAAGUAGGUAGAAUAUUGCCUAGAGGAGAUAUGGCUCUAGAAUUGGAAAGAAGAAGAAAAGGAACAGGCGGAGAUAUGGACGAAGAAGUAGACAGGGAUGAGGGAAAAAGAGAAAAAGAAAAGAGUACGGAUGUGGAAAGUGGCAUGAAUAAAAGACCAAGUGAAAACAAAAAUAUGCCACCAGUUUCUGAUGUAAAAGAAUUGGAUACAACUAACUCAACAGAUAUUAAUUUUCAUGUUACCGAAUCCGAAAUUGCCCAAAUGAUUGAUGAAUUACAAGAUUACGUAAAGGUCGAUGACAUGUUUUUACUAUUUAACUUUGUGAACAAUAAUGAAAAAAAUAAAUAUAUUAAAAUGCAAUUAGGAGUUGUUAGAAUGUGUGAAACUUUAGCCCAAUAUUACAAAAUCCCACACCACUAUAAAACUAGACAAUGGGCCAAAUCUUACCACGGAAUGACAGAACAAUUAUUGCAUAACGAAAAAAAGUCCUACAACAAGUUAUGCACAUUCGUUCAAAAUGGAAACAGCUCCCACGUAGCUUUUGUUGAAUUCUUAAAUGAAUUAGUAGGAAUAUGGACUAGUUGUACCAAAGAAAUGGAAAAAUAUUGGAAAAGUUAUUUAACAAACAAAUUCAAGGUGUACUGGGAAACUAAGAAUGUAGAUGUAUAA